AUGUCAGCCCCAGCAGCUUUACAUCCUACCACCACAACUAUCACGAAUACCACAACUCCAAUUCAAAGCAUUCAAUCCUACUUUCCAACGACCAAAUCAUUCGUUACUCCAUACCAUCCAUCAGAAAUGAAUCAUCCUCAUUAUAACCACCUCCACAAAAGCUCAUUCUCAGGAGUUUCUCAAAGACCUGCUGCCAUCUCUCACGUAACAUUUUCCAAAGACCAUGCAACGACCAUGACACCUGUGGCUAUUCGAGUGUUUGCUUCGAGUGACGAAGAUCAUCAUUCGAGUGCGUCUUCUGGUGCUUCUUCGUCGUCUUUUGAUUCCUCUUCUUCUCCCGUUUCUCAAGCUGAUUCUCAAAUUUUGUGUGCCAAGUCAACAUCUUCUUCUUCCAACUCGUCUCAUAAAUCUCACAGAAAUCAAAAGACAAGCAGAGCUUCCAAGAGUAAAUCGAGUCCCAAGCCAUCGAGUCGUUUGACUGUCACAAGCUCCUCUCCUCCAACUCGAAUUUCUAAAUACGCUUGUCAAAAGUCAAAGAAAAAGUCAAAAAUUAACAUACCAGUGUUCGAAUUGAUUAGAGUCAUGGCACUUCCUCAAACCUCUGCUGCUCAAGUAUUGGGUGUUUCUCUGAGUACUUUAAAAAGACGAUAUUACGAAUUGGGAAUUGGUCGAUGGCCAGGUCAAAUUGCCAAUGAUACAAAAGAAAUCGAAAAGGCAACAGAGACCUCUCCUGAAGAGAAGGUUAAAUUAUCGUUUUUGUUGAACGGAGAAGAUAUUGAUGCUCGCCAAAUCGAUCAAAUCACAUGGUCGAUCUUGAAUUUUACAUUCAAACAGUCAUUCUAA